AUGAACGUGCUGUGGGCGCUCUUCGCCUGCGUCUGGAUCCAACAUGCAGCAGCCGUCCGCUACUUUGACCAACUGAGAGUGCCCCAGACGGCAUCUCCAUGGCUCGCGAUAUACAAGAUCUGGAACGAUCCACAGCGUCGCAUGAGCACUGGACUUCCACCACGAUACAAGCGCUCCAUUUCGUCCCCCAGUCGAAUAAGUUUCACAUUUCACCGACUCGCCAAGAUCAUCCUCUGCUGGGCCCUUCAGCUCUUUAUUAUCGGCCCCCUAGUUCCACUUUAUUUCAAUUUCACCGCGCAAGACUUCGCCCCCUCUCGCAAAGUCUUCCUCCGCCGCCUCCUACCCCUCCACAACAACCAUCAUCUCAUCACACUCCGCGAGAUCCAAAUCCGCCUCUUCCUCUCCAUCUACUAG